AUGACCAUGCACAGGGGAUCAAAAGUUGUAUCUUACCGAGCUUUCCCGUCAUCCCUUAAAGGUGCGGCGACCUCAUGGUUCUCGUGGCUGCCUCCGAACUCCAUAACCAGCUUCGCUCAGCUCUGUCGAGCCUUUGUGACACAUUUCCAAAGUAGCAUUAAGCACAAGAAGACAACGGUCAACCUCCUGAGCAUGAAGCAACGGCCUGACGAGUCGAUUCGAGCGUUCGUCUCUCGCUUUAACAAGGAAUCCUUAGAUAUCAAGGAUUUGGAUGAGGCCAUAGCCCACACGGCGAUGAGCAAUGGACUCAUAGACAUGGACCUUAUCAAGGACUUGGCCCAAAAGCCUACUAAGAACAUGGUCGAGCUCUUGGAGAGGUGUAACGAGUUCGCAAACAUGGCAGAGGUGCUCCAAGCAUGA